UGAUUUGUAAUUAAUAAUUAUCUUUCGAUCAGAUUAAACUAACUUAGUUAGUUCAAUCUGUUUUAUUUCUGAAUACAAGGAUGCAUUAAUGAUUUUAUUUGUUUCAGAAAGUUAUGUGUAUUUUGUUAAUAUUUGCAUAAUGGGAAACCAUCUUGUAUCUCUUGCUCCUUCACAGAUAUAUCCAGUAGAACACUACAUACAGGAUAUCCAGAAUGAUGCCGAGUUUGAGUCUAACCUCGGAGCUACCAGGUUCUUUAAGGUUGCUAAGUGUAGAGCUGCGGGAGGGAAUGUCGUGGUUAAGGUUUUUGUGAUCCAUGAUCCUAGUUUACCAAUGCGAGCUUAUGAGGAGAAACUAAAUGAACUGAAACGAAUACUGAAUCCAACCUUUAAUUGUCUUCCCUAUACUAGGAUUACUUUGAAUGAAAAGGCAGGAUUUAUUACUCGAGUUUUUGUCAAGUACACAGUUUACGACAGGUUGAGUACUCGUCCUUUCCUGACUAAUAUUGAGAAGAAAUGGAUUGCAUUUCAACUUAUGUCAGCUGUUGAUCAGGCUCAUGGAUUAGGAGUUUGUCAUGGAGAUAUAAAACUAGAGAAUAUAAUGCUCAGUUCAUGGAAUUGGCUUCUUCUCACAGAUUUUGCUCCGUUCAAACCCAUCUUCUUACCGGAGGAUAAUCCGGCAGAUUAUUCAUAUUUCUUCGAUACUUCCAGGCGGCGAACCUGUUAUAUUGCUCCGGAACGGUUUAAGAGUAGAACCUUGAGUCUGGAUCCAAGCACCAGUCUUUGGUCGAGCACUACACACCUGGGAUCCCAGACAGGGUUUCUACCUGAUGAUGUGGAAGAUUUUAAGAGAGGAGAGUUAACCCCUGCCAUGGAUGUGUUCAGUCUGGGAUGCGUCCUAGCGGAGCUAUUUACCGACGGAGCUCAACCCUUCGACUUUUCUCAGCUCCUCGCUUACAGAGCUGGAGAAUACUCACCGGAGAAAGUAGUUUCUAAGAUUGAGGAUGAAAGAAUCCGAACUAUGGUUGAGAACAUGAUAUCCCUGGAUCCGUCCUCCCGUCUCUCCGUAUCUGAAUAUCUGGCAGCUCAACGCGGAGAAGGAUUCCCGGAAUAUUUCUUCUCUUUCCUUCAAUCCUACAUGAGAAUGUUCUCGCAUUCACCGUUGAUGUCGUCUGAUCAGAAGAUCUCUAGGAUAUACAGAGACUUGGAUAAAUUAAACUCACUACUAGACUGUGAUAAUAGUGAUAGGAUAGAUAAUGAUUGUUUAUUGCUUCUCACAGCUCUAGUGACUGCUUCAAUUAGAGACCUGAAACUUACAAUAUAUCAACUUCAGAGCAUUAAGAUUCUAUGUUGGUUGGUUGAGCGGUUACCUAGUGAUAUUAUCCUGGACCGUAUCCUCCCCUUCAUCAUCUUUUAUCUGUCUAGUUCGGUUCCUUCAGUUCGUAGAGCUGGGAUUGAAGCUCUAGUCUUCUCCUGUACUCAGGUUAGCAGUGUACCCAGAAAUGAUCUCAACACAUUUCCUGAAUACGUCCUUCCGGCAAUACUUCCGCUUUGUCAGGAUCCAUCCGUUCAUGUUCGAACCUCCUUGGCUCGCCACCUAGCGGAUAUUGCGGAGUUAUCUAUCCGGUUCCUGGAUAUGGUGACUCUGAGUGGAGGUGGAGAAGGGGAGACUGGUCCUAGCUGCAGCUAUGAUGCUGAAGUUAGUGCUCUACAUGAACCUAUCCGUCAGGCGGUUACUCUACUCCUGGAGGAUCAGCAGAAUUGUGUCAAACAGGUUCUAGUACAGUACGGAGCUGCUAGGCUAGCCGUCUUCUUUGGUAGACAGAGAGCUAACGAUGUACUUCUCUCUCAUAUGAUCACAUUUCUGAAUGACAAGAACGAUAGUCAGUUGAGAUAUUGCUUUUUCGAUAAUAUUCCAAGCGUUGCUGCUUAUGUAGGUUGGCACUGUUCUUCUAUUCUCAAACCUCUCCUACAGCAAGGUUUAGCAGACCCGGAGGAGUUUGUUGUGGCUAGAGCCAUCAAUGCAAUGUCGAGCUUAGCUAGGCAAGGUUUAUUGGAGAAGGUUUCAUUGUUCGAGAUUCUCCGGGAUACUCUACCCUUCCUGAUGCAUCCAAAUAUAUGGAUACGACAAUCUGCAGUUGGAAUGGUGGUUGCGGUUGCUUCUAAACUUGAUGUUGUGGAUGUUCAGGUUAAGAUAGGAUGCUUGCUGAAGAACUAUAUAAAGCAGAGUAUUGUAACCCUGGAUGAUCCUGCCAUUGUAAUGUCUUAUCUGAAGGAACCAAUACCCAGGGCUGUCCUUGAUGCUAUUAUCAAAUACAACGACGUCCCUGGACUCAUCUCAUUACUGGAGGAACGCCAAACUUCGCGUAGAAUAUGCCGAGGUUCCGGUCAGCAGGUUGUAUACAACGAGAUGGCCGGUCAGUUUAGGCAACUGUUCGCCAGGCUCGCCAAGGCUGGAAUGUUUCCUGGCGUAGAAGAUCAAAUCCUGGGUCUCAGAGAAUAUGUUCUCAAGGUUGCUCGACAGAGAGGGAUUAGUAAGGAUUAUCAGGGGAUUGUUAAUAUAAGUUUGGAUCCGUGUAAAAAGUGGACAACGCCUUUAAUCUCGGAUGGACCAAGACGGGACGGAGCAUAUGAUUCAGGUGGAGAGGAUUGGUUGAAUAUAAUGGAAGGUCGAAAGAAAGCAGUUCCUGAUGGAGAAAACUCCGCUGGGAUUGCACCUUGUAGGAUCUCCCUGUCAAACCUUAUCCUGGAGAAGAAAAAGGAAUGUCACAGCUUAGCAGAGCAACGGGAGAAGUGUAAGGGUGAGGAUAAAUCAGCAGUCUGGAAACCACGAGGACAUCUUGUUGCUCAUCUAACAGAACAUAAGAAGUCAGUAACUGGUGUUGUUACUAUACCGGACACUACAUUGUUCGCUAGCUCCAGUGUUGAUGGAACACUCAGGAUCUGGGAUUGUGCAAAGAUGGAGGGAAGAUAUAUUGCAAACAAGACGAGGCAGGUUUAUAACAGACAAACACCUUUAGAUUGUCUAGCAGCGGGUAGAAAUAAUCUUACUCUUGGUAUAGCUGCUAGGGACGGGUCUAUAUGUGUACUAAACCUGGAGAAACAAUGUUCUAUUGCGAGUAGGAGUUUAAACUUGGAGGAGGACGGUUGUCCUGUCAAACUUGAGUUCCAGGAUUCAGUUCUAUUCUACACAUCAUCCCUAGGAGUAACCGUUGGUUGGGACCUACGUAAGCCUGGAGAUGGAAUGAAGCUGAAAACUGAACUAAGAUAUGGGUAUGGUUUGACGACAGCUAUGUGUUUGAACACAGAGGAAUACUGGUUGACAACAGGAACCUCGGACGGUGUUGUAAGCUGUUGGGAUCUCAGGUUCGGGCUCAGGGUCUCGAGUUUCGCUCAUCCUAGUAAAGCACGAGUACGACGCUUAGUUCCUGGUUUCUCCGUAGGCCAGGUUCUAGUAUCUGUUCAGGGGAAUAACGAGGUAGGAUGUUGGAACCUUGAAUCCCGUAGUAGACAACAGGUUCUCUGGGCAUCCUCUGCUUCUCCCCUAUCCAUCGUACAACCUUCUCAACACUCAGUACUCGCCAUGAAACAGUCAGGAUAUUGUCUUAUCACAGGUGGGACGGAUUAACGAGAUUGGUUGAGGGUACAGAGGUGCUACAGGAAACUGGCCGAUCUCACAGAAAACCCGAGGACGGAAAACUCCAGGUUGAUGUUCAGCAUCAGGAUUGGAUUACAGAUAUGGUGAUUGCUCAGACAACACAGAAACUUCUCAUCACAACUGGAAAUGAUGGAGUGAUAAAGAUCUGGAAGUAGAUGAUCUGGAACCUAGAAUCUUCUGAUAUUCUGGAUCCAAUGAGCCAUUAGGAAACUGGCACUUGGAACCCUUAAACGUUUGAGGAAUCUGGAACCAUUAGAAAUCUAGAAACUCAAACCUAAAACCUGGUUCCAGAACCACUGAACAUUUGAGGAAUCGGAAAUAUAGGAUCCUGGAGCCUGGAACUUACAACAACUAAGUAUCUGGAACCGCCAGGAACCUGGAACUUAAAUCACAAUGAGGAAGAUCUGUGAUGUGUUUUGUCAGAUUUCAAGUGCCGUAUUAUUCAUAUUUAUUUAAAUUUACAUUUUUAUCCUUUCAUAUUUAUUAAGUAUCAAAAGUUUGUGUACCUUAUUAUCAUGUAAUUUAUAAUAAUCCGUAAUAUUUUCUAUAUUAUCCUGCUAGCUAUUUUAUUUUUUUAAAUACCCCAAACCUGUUUAAACUGAAUAAAAUCUGAACUAUU